AUGACACUGAAUGUUUAUUACAUUGAACCAACAGAAGAGGGGGCCUUUCCAACCACUGAGGAGGAAGCAAUCCCACCCCCCAAGAGACUGACACAACUUUCAAAAGAGGAGGUAUCAUCAGAUCGUGCAGUGAGACAUUCUUCCAAAGGUAAAGCUGCCCAGAAAAGGCGACCCUGGACACAGAAAGAGGUGAAGGUUGUCGAGAAGCACAUGAAGCGAUUCAUCCCUUCUGGUUGUACCUCCCCCCUCUCUCUGCAGUACGUGGCGUUUGGUUCGCUGUUCUUCAUCCUGCUCUCCAUCUCCACCUUCUGCCUGGAGACCCACGAGGUCUUCAACACCAUCUACAACAAGACGGAGAAUGUCACCGUGGGCAACGUGACGCGUGAGGAGAUCGUGUACGAAGUGGUCACGGACGGCUGGCUGACGUACGUGGAAGGCGUCUGCGUCAUCUGGUUCACCAUCGAGGUGCUGGCGCGUGUCAUCUUCUGCCCUGACAAACAAGAGUUCUUCCGCAGCGCCCUGAACAUCAUCGACUUUGUGGCUAUUGUGCCCUUCUACCUGGAGGUGGCGCUGAGCGGACUAUCCUCCAAAACAGCCAAAGACGUGCUCAGCUUCCUGCGUGUGGUGCGGUUUGUACGAAUCCUGCGAAUCUUCAAGCUCACGCGCCACUUUGUGGGCCUGCGGGUCCUAGGCCACACCCUGAGAGCCAGCACCAAUGAGUUCCUGCUGCUCAUCAUCUUCCUGGCACUGGGCGUCCUUAUCUUUGCCACCAUGAUUUACUACGCCGAGCGCAUCGGUGCAGACCCCGAUGACCCCACCGCCGCCGCCCACACUAACUUCAAGAACAUCCCCAUUGGUUUCUGGUGGGCAGUGGUGACCAUGACCACGCUGGGCUACGGGGACAUGUACCCGGAGACGUGGUCGGGAAUGUUGGUGGGCGCCUUGUGUGCCUUGGCCGGCGUCUUGACCAUCGCUAUGCCGGUUCCCGUCAUCGUCAACAACUUUGGCAUGUACUACUCGCUGGCCAUGGCCAAGCAGAAGCUCCCCAAGAAGAGGAACAAGCACAUACCUCGGGCGCCGCAGCCGGGCAGUCCCAACUACUGCAAACCCGAUGCUCUCGCCAUGGCCACCGCCUCGCCGCACAGGCUCAUGGGAAAUGUGCUGGGGCCCGGCAUGGUGGGAUCGGGCAGCAUGAUGGCCGGGGAUUGUCCGCUGGCACAGGAGGAGAUCAUCGACAUCAACAGAGCAGACUCCAAACAAAAUGGCGACGCUGCCAACGCAGCGCUGGCCAACGAGGACUGUCCCACCAUCGACCAGGUCCUGGGCGACGAGCGCAGUCCGGCCACCGGGGGACUGGGGUCCGCCGGGGGCAUGGGGUCCGCUGCCAGCCGCGAACGCUACCCACAUGACCGCGCCUGCUUCCUGCUCAACGCUGGCGACUUCCAGCGCAGCGGCGACGGCCACGUUGGAAAAGUAGGAGGCACUGUCAACGUGAAUGGCUACUGGAGCGACAGUCCUUGGUAACACCACAAGAAGAAGAAGAACAACAACAACAAGAAGAACAACAACAAUUAUGCAAGUCACACUAAUGAGGCGGCCAUGUUGGACCAGUAAGACGAACUCAGACAUCUCCCACACGCACAACCUGUGUGUGUGUGUGCGCGUGUGUGUGCACGUGUGUGUGCACGUGCAUCUACCUCUGUACUGUACUGACGUGCACUAAAGACUCAGCAAAUCAGCAAAAAGAAAACAUUUUAUUCACACCAUCAACUACUUUGUUGUGCUUUUUGCACCUAUGACU